AUGUCACAAAUGCUUCCAACACCUUCGGCAAUUCCUCUCGCCGCAUUCCGCGAGGCGCUCAGGCUGUACCCCUCGCUGGUCGAGAAGGUGUAUAGAUCCAAGUUGAAGAACGACAACAAGAAAGUCACUGAGGCGUUGAAGCGCGAUCGCUGGAGGUUCCACGAUUUGCCCGCCGCUGUUGCUGCUGCUGCUGCGGCUGAACCCGUCUCUGGCGGUGCUGAUGUUGAUGGUGAAGUUGCGUCAGCGUCCAAGAAGGACAAGAGUAAGACGAAGCAGGCGAAGACGAAGAAGAAUGGAUCUUCCGGUACGCAAGGUGGCGGCGGCGGCGGAGGGCUGACGAAAGAUGAUGUUGAGAGGUUGGUGCAGUGGAAGAUAACCCACGGCCACUCGCGGCCCUUUCUCCCAGCCAUGGUGCGCAAGAACGACGCCUCGGCGGUUCAAGCCCAGACGUGUCUGGCCUUUGCCAAACUCUCGUCCUCAUCAACCUCAGAAUCAACUUCAGGCUCCUUCCCCCAACCGUCCCGUCUGUCCACCGCCGUCAUAACCGACGCCCUCGACGCCGUCUGCAAACUGACCGGCAUCGGCCCCGCCACGGGGACCUUGAUCCUCAACGUCUUCGACCCGGUCCACGUCCCCUUCUUCCAGGACGAGAUGUACCUGUGGUUCUUCCCCACUGCGGACAAGAAGCUCAAGUACUCGCUCAAGGAGUACACGGCGCUGCUCGAGGCCGCGGGGCCGGUGUUGGAGAGGUUGAACGUCACUGCCCGCGAGUUGGAACAGGUCGCUUACGUCCUGGGUCAUGUGGAUUUGUUGGAGGGGGUGGAGCGGAAGGGCUUGCUCGACGCGUUUGACGAGCAUCCGGGCCUCGAUGAGGCGGGGGUUCGUGGUGAGGGUGAGGGUGAGGGCGAGGGCGACGGGAAAGAUGAUGAUGACAAUGCGAAGGACAAUAGCCCUCAACAACCACAGCCACAGCCGCAGCCACAACAGCCAACACCGGCUCAGAAAGGCAGGAAACGGACAGCUCUUCCAAAGGACGAAGAUAACAAAGAGGAAACCCGGGCACCGAAACGACGAUCACAACGCCAAAGAUGA